GUUGUCAGUGACAAGAAGAUGACUCAAAGCUUUUUUAAAUCUCUUUAUUUUUCUAUAAAAUUGUAUUUAUAUUUAUAAUUUUUUUUUAACAUAAUCAGCACUGUUAUCAAAAAGUACUUAUUAUGCUUACUACAAAGUAGAGUAUUGUUACUUGUUUUAUAACAAAGGAGAAGAAAGCAAUACAAAAUGUUCGUUUACGAGUUUAUGUCCGGGAUCGUAGAAACGAUCACUGGAACUGGAGAAUCUGAGGAUGGGGAUUAUGAUCCUCACCAACAUAGAAAAGUAGAAAAGCCUACGACAUAUUCGGAGACAAUGAUUCAUAUGUUAAAAGGCAGUAUCGGAGCUGGUAUAUUGGCGAUGCCCUCCGCUGUCCAGCGACUGGGAAUCAUUGUGAGCAUCGUUGGUCUUAUGCUCAUCGGCUUUUUGGCUACUUACUGUAUUCUCCUACUAAUUGCAGCACAAUACGAGUUAUGCAAGCGUUGGCGGCGGGGUUACAUUGCCUACCCAAAGUCUAUGAUGCUAGCCAUCCGUGACGGUCCUCCGGGGAUCCGCUGGUCUGCAAUGUCACUUUACUACUUCGUCGAAGUUGUUCUCAUCUUCUGGCAGCUCGGCAUUUGCGUUAUUUUCUUCGUGUUUGUUGCAGAAAAUGUCAAACAAAUAUGUGAUUUCCAUGGUUAUGAAGCGUCAUUAAGACUACAUUUGUGUUUUGUGCUGGUGCCAACGAUUCUGUUGAAUCUUGUGAAAGAUCUUAAGCUGAUGACUCCGCUCUCGUCGAUCUCAAACAUUGUCACAAUCUUCGGAUUGAUCUUGGUGUUCUUCUACUUGAUUGAGGAUGAUGUUGUUUUGGACAGUGAAAAGUUACGUUUGAAAAGUUUCAACGAAAUACCUUUAUUCAUAGGUACAGCUCUGUUUGCACUUGAAGCAGUUGGUGUGAUACUCGCCUUAGAAUAUAAUAUGGAAGAACCUAAACGGUUCGUAGGUAUGUUAGGACUAUACAGCAUAGGGAUGAUUUCUAUAAUAGUGCUCUAUUUGGUUGUGGGUGUAUUUGGCUAUCUUAAAUAUGGAGAGGAAAUUAAAGCAACAAUAACAUUAAAUUUGCCUCAAGAACAAAAAAAAGCGCAAGCAGCAAAACUUAUAUUUGCGUUAGCUAUAUUCCUCACGUUUCCACUUCAAAACUAUGUUGCGUACAACAUGGUUUGGCGACGGGCAAAGAAGAAGCUACCAGAGAGCAAACAUAUGGUCACCGACUACACCCUGCGGAUUGCUCUUGUUAUUAUACCAUGGACUCUUGCAGUGGCGGUACCUCAUCUGGGUCCUUUUAUAUCCUUGUUUGGUGCAUUUUGCCUAUCACUACUAGGAAUUAUCUUCCCUGGUUUGAUGGAUUUAUGUAUAUGGUACCCUAACAAUUAUGGAGUGCUUCAUUACAAAUGUAUUCGCGAUGUUUUUAUAAUGAUAAUCGGUGUUGCAUGCCUCUUUUCCGGAUGUUACACGAGUGUGGUAGAAAUUAUAGCAGAAUGGUAAUAACACUGAUUGUAUUACUAACCCAUCGUCUAUAAUUACCAUCAAAUUAUCGAAUUUACUGGGUUGUUCGGAAAGUUCGUGUCGAUUAAUUUUUAAAUAGAUUAAAACGUGUAUAAUCUUCGGGGAAUUUAAAAUACUUAUGUUAUGUUAUGUUUAGGUCUCUUUUCAUGCUACUUAUAGAAAAUCGGCACGAACUUUCCGGACAACCACAUGUACAUAUUUUGUUGUCUUUAAUGUCUGUUAGUGUAACAAAUCCAUUACAAAAUAAAUGUAACGCUGCAUA